UGGAAUACAAAAGUUAAAUGCAAUAUUGAAAUCUACGAAAUUAAAAAAUAUCGUGAAAAAUUACCAUCGCUUAUCAGUAGAAAUGUCAUGCAGAAACAAGUUACAUGCAUAAUCGAGACCCGUAGACGUCGAAUGCAGUCGAGCAGUUUUACAUAAUGCGGAAAAAAAAAGAAAAAGAUCUCCCAUCCACCUCGCUGCACUGUUGUUCAGCGACUAAACCGGCGCUUCGACCGUUCAUGCCUCGGCUGUGGGGGGAGAGAGAGCGAGAGGAGAGCAGAGAUGGAGGGGGCGACAGUUACGUUUCACGUGACACGCUGGCGCCGCGCUGGUGGGGGAAACCGGCAGCGGUCACGUGAUCAGUUGGCGCCGCGCUGGUGGGAGGAGGACCCGGCUGCGAGACAGUCGUACAACGAUACUCGCCGGCAUUCAGACCUGAUAAGUCGCCAGUGUCGGAUCGUGAGAUAGUGGAGAGGGACCGCGCUCCUCGCACCUCGUAGGACAUUUAAAUCGACCGCAGGUAGACGGACCGACGCACUGGGAAAGAAAGAAAGACAAGAAGGAGGACCGCUUUCGCUCGUCGCGGUCUCGUGCACGCAUCAUCGCCGUCUUUCUCCUGCGCGCCGAUCGAAGCCCUCCUCUCCCUCUCUCUCUCUCUCUCCUCAUUCCCUCGAGAAAAUAAACGAACUAGUGGACUCUCGACAAUCGCGCGACGAUUAAGUGGACACCGGUCGUAAAAAAACCUUCCGCGCAACACGCUACGCUUAUUUAUUAGGAUCCUCGAAGCAACGCAUUAUUUAUUAUCUGUUUUUGUGCUUCGAUUACGCGGAAAUAUAAAUACGUGCCGAGGAAAACGAGAACGAGGAGGUUAGGUUAAUCGCACGAUUCGAUUAAGAAAAGAGAGAGGAAGAAGGUACGUUCUUGGAAAGGAGCGAAGAAAAUGUGUAAGUAACAAGGUAAAGAGAGUGAGAAACUGAUCGCGAAACGAUCGUUCGAGCCUGUCGCACCGAGUCUUCGCCGUCGUCGUGUACGCAUACACACGUGAUCGUUGCACACGCACAUCCACGCGCGUAUACAUACGUCGUCGUCGAAUCGUCGUCGUUUCGCGAGGUGAGUGAUCAGAGCCGUCUCUGCCUCGUCCGCUGUGAAAAAGUGUUGAGUGUCCCCCGCGCCCUCCCUCUCUCUAUCAUUCUCUCCUCGCCCUGGAAUUUAUCGAGCUCGAGGAGGUUCUCCGAGAGAUCGUGUGAACACGUGGACAGAACGCGGUUCCGAGGAACGUGGCAGGAAAAUCGAUCGACGCGUCUCUCCUCCCGAGCAUCGCUAUGGAUCUUCUGUGCUGCGAGACCACCGAGACGGAGUGCCGGGCUUACGCGGAUCCGGCCCUCCUCGGCGACGACCGGGUUCUCCAGAAUCUCCUGCAGACCGAGGAGCGCUACGCGCCCAGCAGCUCCUACUUCGAGUGCGUCCAGAGGGACAUCUCGCCGCUCAUGCGCAAGAUCGUCGCCGAAUGGAUGUUGGAGGUAUGCGAGGAACAAAAGUGCCAGGACGAGGUCUUUCCGCUGUCGAUGAACUACGUCGACAGGUUCCUGUCGAUCUGUCCGAUCAGAAAAUCGCAGUUGCAGCUACUCGGCACCGCCUGUCUCCUGCUGGCAUCGAAGCUACGCGAGACGUCACCGCUCACAGCUGACGUUCUGGUUUUCUAUACCGAUAAUUCUAUCACUCUGGACGAUCUAUGGAGGUGGGAGCAGCUGGUCGUCUCUAAACUAAAGUGGGAGCUAUCUGCGGUAACACCCGGUGAUUUUUUAAUGCACAUCCUCAAUAGAUUGCCAAUGCCGUGCACUUGGGACACCGUGAUGGUCCGGAGGCACGCACAAACCUUUAUCGCUCUCAGCGCUCGAGAAUACAAGUUCUCCAUGUACACGCCGAGCAUGAUAGCGGCAGCGAGCGUCGCAGCGGCGUUACACGGACUGGACUGGACCGGGAAAAGCGGAUACGGGCUGGCCGGUCUCCUGGACGAGCUCACCCGCAUCACGGCUAUUGAACAGGAUUAUCUGCAUGGCUGCUUAGAGCAGAUAGAGGAGAUGAUCUCGCAGGCCGCCCACGUAAACACCGAUAAUCCCGGAAAUGGACACCCGACAAUGAGUACCGGUGUUACGAGCGCGCCGCAGAGGCCGCUGGGGGACCAAAACAAUACAAGUCAGGAGAAAAUACUGGAGCACGAGAAAGCGGGCACGCCGACCGACGUCAGGGAUGUACAUUUUUGAAAACCGCAGUAGGGGGACACUCCGUAGGGGCCGACACACCGGUGAGUCUCACAGCCGAGGAGGAGAGUUUGCCUUCGAGCGACGAUGAUGAACAGCCGGCGAAAAAACGGAAGGUAAUUCUGGAAGAGCAACAGAACACGCCGGAAGAGAAAUGUGACGCGACGGAAGUAGCUGAUUGUACUUCGAAGCGAAAAAUUCCUCCCGAAGAAUCUCGAGAUUGAACCUGUGAUCGCUCGCUAAUCACGCGUUUCAUUGGAAACUGUGACACGAAUUAUUACUACAAAUUAAAACCUGGGGGUACAUUUGAAGCAUGUAAGAUGCAUUUUGAAAAAAUAUGAAGUUUAUUUCGAUAUGCGAUUGCAACGAGACGUACUUAUGAAAGAGAGAAUUUUUAUUUCUUGGAUUUAUAUACAUAUUUCGCGAGAUUUAGUUGCGUAUGCUUACGUACAGUAUGUUUUGAUAAAGAUAGACUGAAGAAAAAUUUUGAUUUCCUCACAGUUAUCCAAAUAGUCUAUCACAAUUCAAUUAAUAUUUCAAUUACAAUACAUGCCUUCAUUAUUUUGUCGAUAUCAUAUUUUAAAAGUUUAUUUUUUUAAAUCUCUUCAAAAUUUGCGAACAGAGGACAUGGUUGGUUCAUUGGUUUAAAUCGAAAAAAUCGUAAAAUUGUAGAAAACAAAGAAAAAUAAACGAACGAUUAAAGGUGCUCGAGAUGAUGUGAAAAAUAUUUGACUGGAGAUUACCGGGUGAUUUGUGUCUGAAUUUAUACUGUUCCAACGUGUGUCGUCCGUAAAACAUGAAAAAAAAGGAUACAGAAAUUAGAAAGGCGUGCUGUUUGGGGGAAGGCAAUGCAAUACGCUUUACGCAUUUGUAAUUUUGUAGUAG